CCCCGGCCCCGGCCCCGGCCCCGGGGAGCGGCAUGGCCCGGGCGGGGGGCGCGGCGCCGCGGGCGCUGCUGCUGCUGCUGCUGCUGCCGGAGCCGGGGCGGGCGCGGGGGGGCCGCGUCCUGCGCCCGCCGCUGCUGCUGCUGCUGCUGCCGCCGGACGCGCUGCCCCGCGCCGGGCUGGCCAUGAAGGAGGAGCCGCUCAGCGUCCGCGCCUGGAUGCCCGGCGCCGGGAUCCUGGACGCGGGCACCGCUGCGCAGAGCGGGGUGGGCCUGGCUCGUGCCCACUUCGAGAAGCAGCCGCCCUCCAACCUGCGCAAGUCGAACUUCUUCCACUUCGUGCUGGCCAUGUACGACCGGCAGGGCCAGCCCGUGGAGAUCGAGCGCACCUCCUUCAUCGACUUCGUGGAGAAGGACCGGGAGCAGAACGGUGAGAAAACCAACAACGGGAUCCACUACCGGCUCCAGCUGCUCUACAGCAACGGGAUCCGGACGGAGCAGGACCUCUACGUGCGGCUCAUCGACUCCAUGUCCAAGCAGGCCAUCAUCUACGAGGGGCAGGACAAGAACCCCGAGAUGUGCCGCGUGCUGCUGACCCACGAGAUCAUGUGCAGCCGCUGCUGCGACAAGAAGAGCUGCGGGAACCGCAACGAGACGCCCUCCGACCCCGUCAUCAUCGACAGGUUCUUCCUCAAGUUCUUCCUCAAGUGCAACCAGAACUGCCUGAAGAACGCUGGCAACCCCCGCGACAUGCGGCGCUUCCAGGUGGUGGUGUCCACAACAGUGAACGUGGAUGGCCACGUCCUGGCCGUGUCCGACAACAUGUUCGUGCACAACAACUCCAAGCACGGGCGGCGGGCGCGGCGCCUUGACCCCUCCGAGGCUGCCACGCCCUGCAUCAAGGCCAUCAGCCCCAGCGAGGGCUGGACCACGGGCGGCGCCACCGUCAUCGUCAUUGGAGACAACUUCUUCGACGGCCUCCAGGUCGUGUUCGGCACCAUGCUGGUGUGGAGCGAGCUGAUCACACCCCACGCCAUCCGCGUGCAGACGCCGCCGCGCCACAUCCCGGGCGUGGUGGAGGUGACGCUGUCCUACAAGUCGAAGCAGUUCUGCAAGGGGGCACCCGGACGCUUCGUCUACACUGCGCUCAACGAGCCGACCAUCGACUACGGGUUCCAGCGCCUGCAGAAGGUCAUCCCCCGGCACCCCGGGGACCCCGAACGCCUGCCCAAGGAAGUCCUGCUGAAGCGGGCGGCCGACCUGGUGGAGGCGCUCUACGGGAUGCCCCACAAUAACCAGGACAUCAUCCUGAAGCGGGCAGCGGACAUCGCGGAGGCCCUGUACAGCGUCCCACGCGCCCCGAGCCAGCUGACGGCGCUGGCGGGCAACCACGGGCACGGCGCCGUGAUGGGCGUGGGCUCCUUCGGCGGGCAGCUGGGCGUCAACAUCGGCGACGCCGCGCAGGGCGCCGAGCAAGGCUACGCGCGCAGCACGAGCAGCGUGUCGCCCCGUGGCUACGUGCCCAGCUCCACGCCGCAGCCGGGCAGCUACAGCACGCUGUCGUCCGGCAUGAACGGCUACGGCGGUGCCGCCAUGGCCGGCCUGGGGGUGCCUGGCUCCCCCAGCUUCCUCAACGGCUCCACCGCCAACUCGCCCUACGCCAUCAUGCCUUCCAGCCCGCCGCUGGGCACGUCCUCCAUCAGCCUCCCGGCGGGCGCCGGAGCCUCCACGCCCGCCGGUGUCUUCUCCUUCUCCCCCGUCAACAUGAUCUCGGCCGUCAAGCAGAAGAGCGCCUUCGCGCCCGUGGUGCGGCCCCAGGCUUCCCCGCCGCCCCCCUGCGCCAGCGCCGGUGCCAGCAGCCUCCAGGACCAGGCUUUCGAGGACUCGGACAAGUACCACGGCCCGGCGCGGGCGCUGCAGGGACUGGCCUAUUCCUAAGCACCUGCGCCGGAGCCCGCGUGAGCCAGGGCUGGAUGCCAGGAGCAAUGCCCAGACCCGGCUGCACCCAACCGCGGGCGAGGGGGGGUCACACCCUGGCCAUUGGCACCUGGCACCAGGGCCCACAUCCGGAGUGACCGGGGGGCCUGGACCAGCCUCCGCUCGGCACAGAGCUGCCCGGAGCAGGGGCCAGGUCCCUCCGCGGGGCAGCGCCCCUGUUCCCCCCACCCCCCGAGCAAAGCAGCCGGUCCCUGGCAGCCCGGUGCCGGCCCAGGGACACUGCUCAGGUAACCCCCACCCGCCCCCAGGGGUGCAGUCGAGCCCGGGGCCAGGCCAGGGUGCUGCCCGGGGGGGGUCUGUCUGCGGGGAGCUUUGAAAGGGAGUCAGAGGACGAGGCCGGGGUGGCGGGGGCCGAACUCCCAGGGUCUGGGGCCGUUUCCUGGGGGGAGGGGGCACCACGCGGGGCUGAGCUCCAGGCCUGUGCACGGUGCUGCAUGCCAGGAGACACUGGCCCGGCCCCCCUGCUUGAGGAUGCCCAGCCUGCCCCCACAGCAGACUUUGGCCUGCCCAGAUGUUCCAGCCCAGAUGUGGAGCUGCCACCCCCAGCUCCAUCGUCCAGCCGGGGAGCUCAGCCCCAGGCCCAGGCGUGCGGGGGAGCCGGGGACGCUCAGGCCGGCGCAUCAGGGCUGCUGUAUAUAGGGGCAAGCCUGGGAGCUGGAGGGGGGCUGGCCAGCGUGUCCCCCCACCCACGUGUCCUGCAUUGCGUGUCCCUCUGUCCACGUGUGUGUGCUGCAGCUGUGCGUAGCCGUGUCACCCUCCCCGCAGUCUCCGUGUCACCUGUGUACAGCCAAGACCCCCCCCAUGAACCUCCCAACUAGCAAGCUCUGAGCGCAGGGCUCCUGGUCCCCAGCCCCAAGCCCCAUCCAGGCCUAGAGCCCCCCCACCCGGAGACCCCAGACCCGACAGGGCAGCUGGACAGACUCCCCCAGCCCCAUGGAGGCCAGCAGGAGCUGUGCCCCCCCUCCGCUGGGUCCCUGGGUCAAGGGGCCAGCCCAGGCCCCCCAUCCGGACCCCCGGGACCCGGCGCCGGGACCAGAGACGGGUUUGGAAACCGAAAUAAAGCGACUUGCACA